CCUCCUGCUCAUCAUUGUGCUGCUGCUGCUGCUGCCGCCGCCCCUCUUCCUCCUCUUCCCAUCGUCCGUAGCCAUUUUGGCUCAAGGUCCUCAAGGGCGCUGUGUUGAGCGCCUCGGUUACCGUACGUCUUCCGUGCUCUUCCUGUGCAAAUGGCGCCCGCCACUCUGGGAGCGCUGGUUUUGGGCGCCCUCUCCGCAGCUGCAGCCACCACAAGGGCAGAGGGAGAGGACCUCGUCGUCGAACUCGCCGAGCAGGUGCUGGCCAACAGGCAGGACAUCCUGCAGAUCCCCUGGGAGUUCAGCGUCGAGAGGGACGUCGGAUAUGUGGGCGAGCACCCCAUCCUGGAAAACUCGACCACCGAGGUAAAGCCGAGUUCGCUGGUGACCGUUCGCGAGGUCCAGGACGGGCUUCCCCCGAACAUCGCAGUCGGCGCGGUGGCCAUCAAGGACACCGACCAGCCCGCCGCGCCUCCCGCGAGCUUCCGCACGGGAGGCACUGCCGGAGGCCUGGACUACAUGCAUCUGAACGGCGUGGUGAACCCGACGGCCGACUUGACCGUUUGGCAGUGGCAGAGGAACCGGUGGUUCGGUUUGAAGAAGUGGCUCGAGAUGUGGAUCAGCCGAUACCCAGAGAAGCUGGUCGCCAUACAUUCGUACGGCGACGUCCUGUACGGUGGUUGCGACGAGGCCACUCUUCAGUUCAAGUACGAUUCCCUCGUCGCCGCCAGCGGAAACACGACGAAGAUCGUGAUGGCUGCGGAGGUGUCCCCUUAUCCGUCGGACAUGGGCUGGGCAUACCAGAGGUGGAACGAAAGCCUCGUAAACCGCACCCACUCGAUACUCGACAGCUACGGCAUGUCGCAUGACUGGGCGGAGACUUACGCGAACUGCAGCGACAGCAUCCCUCACAGCCAGUGCAGCCAGCCCCCGAGGUACCAGUAUGCGAACGCGGGCUUCAUCAUGGGGCCCGCGAACGACGUCUUCGAGAUGCUGUCCGGCCUGAGCACCUACCCUGGCCUCGACAACCGCCUGGUGAACGAGUACUUCCUCGCCCACCCCGACCUGGUGACCCUCGACUACCCCGGCACCCUCGUCCUGUCCCUGCACAACAUGGUGAAGAACGGGAGCACUCCCGUCGAGGUCGUCACCACCGGCGGGAGCAAGUCCCUGAGGAACAAGGAGACGGGCCAGGCGGUGUGCUUCGUCCACGGGAACGGCAACUCGUUCGACGUCAUCAGGGGGUGGGCCGAGCAGUUGACAGCGUAGGGCGCCGCUGCCGAAUGUAUGUCGGCGAUGGCCUGCGGCAUCUUAGCCUGGUGUGUUGACGCUAGAUUUGAGGACGGGGCGGAAAGAAC